AUGCUUCUUAUCUGGUGCUUUGCGCUUUUAUUCCUGACACGGGCGGCCAGAGCCGAAGAAGUCGACUUUAGCUUCAUCGAGCGAUGGGCCGCCAUUGGAGACAGCUACACGGCUGGCGUCGGCUCCGGCAACCAGCUGGGCACCUAUCUCUCCAAGACGUGGCAGUGUUCACGUUCCAGCUACGCCUACCCAGAGAUUGUCAAUAAAGCCCUGGGCGGUUCGAUUAAGAGUUACCAGUACUUGGCUUGCAGUGGGGAUCGAACCGAUGGGAUAGAGAAGCAAGCAAAAGCCCUCGAGGGUGAUCUUGACUUGGUCGUCUUGACAGCGGGAGGGAACGAUCUGUGCUUGGCUGGCAUGAUCAAGGAGUGCGUUUUUCUACCGUACAGUGAGGAAAAAUGCGAAGCAGUCCUGAGUAAGGCUCAGAGCAAUGUCAACUCCAUUUUGAAGCCAAACAUCCGCAAGGUCUUGGAUGCGCUGGAGGAUAAGAUGAAAAAGGACAGCAUAGUCAUCUACAACGGGUACGCACCCUUCUUCAACACCGACAACGAAGAUUGCGCCAACAAGCAAACCUGGGCUAUCCGGGAGUGGAACUUUACGAGCUACAUAGGCGUCAAGGGUCUCCCUUUAACCAUUGAAAGGCGUAAGAGGUUCAAUGCACUUGUCGGGGACAUCAACAAGGCGAUAAGCGAGGUCGUCGACGAAUACGAUGGUCACAAGAAGUAUCGCAUCUCCUUCUCGGAUUGGAGUGAAUGGCCAGGGAUCGUGGAUGGUCAGAUGUGUUCGCCCAGUGACGACACGGGCAAGUACCCCAACCCCAAGCAACCCAUGAUGCAGUUCUUCAAACCCGACACCCAUUUGGUGGUGGAUGACGAUAACACGCCGGUACACGACGAGUUCAAACGCGGCUUCGCCGUCGAGUCGCUCGAUGUAUCCCUGAACCCACCCAUAAUCGCACGCGAUACGCUCGCCGCCGACUGCCCGGGGGACAACAGUGGGUUUGCGUUGCCCUUCAACAUGGGGCUUCCGGAUUCCUUCCUGGCAAACUUUCACCCCAACCAAAACGGCCACGAGACUAUGGCUGCGGCCACACUCGAGAUGAUCGCCUGGACUAGGGCCAAGAUCCUGGGCAAGGCAUCGUGCGAGGCCGAUGACGAGGAUGACUUCAAGUGCUGGUCGUCUGACGGUCUCGACUGGCCACGCCCCUAUGCCGGCUGGGAGCGGCUGGACAAGACGUACCGCGAGUUCUGCGACAAGGUGCGGGCUCCAGACAACACGGUCAACUGGGGAAAGGAGGAGAGCUACCUGGUCGGCACGGUCGAGGAGCACCGCUUCAAGGUGCAGCUGAGUAACCGGGCUUCCGAGUGGAGCAAGGACGAGUGCCUCGAGGCGUUCAAGCGCAUCAUACACAGCUGCGACAACGGCGGCGACAGCAACAAGCAGAACCCCAUGAACUGGAAGUACGGCGGCAAGUACAAGCGCGGCUCGACGACGUACGAGCUGUACCCAAAGUGGGAGCGGCCGACGCACACGCGGGCCGACGGCAUGUGCGCCUACGCCAACAACUAUGUCUUUUACGAGUACCGCAUGAUGGGCAAGGGCUGGGCCGGCUGGGAAUGGGGCAAGGACACGCUGCUGUCGGCGCUCAAGGGCUGCAAGCUGCUGACGCCGACGGCCUGGACGUUUGAGUACUGCGCGCCCAACGGUAUCAAAUGCGACGGGUACGAUUGGUACGCCAUAUGGCACAGCACGAUUGGGGUCAACGGUCGCUGCAUGGACGCCAUGAAUGUCGUCGCCAAGUCGGCUGGUGGAUACUUUCACAAGUAUAAUGAUGGUAAAGGAAAGUAUGAGGAUGGAGGGUGCUCCGAGUCGAAAGUAAACUUUCCUUCGUGA